GUGACGUCACCUCCGGGAGGCGGAGUCGAGCGCCAGGAGCUGCGGUUUCCGGCUGAGGCGCGGGACCGGAAGGGAAACUAUGAGUUGGAUUCCGUUCAAGAUCGGGCAGCCUAAGAAACAGAUUGUACCCAAGACAGUUGAGAGAGAUUUUGAACGGGAAUAUGGAAAGCUUCAACAGUUGGAAGAUCAAACGAAGAAGCUCCAAAAAGAUAUGAAGAAAAGCACAGAUGCAGAUCUAGCCAUGUCGAAGUCUGCUGUAAAAAUCUCAUCUGAUCUCUUGGCCAAUCCUCUCUGUGAACAAGACCCUAAAUUUCUCGAAAUGGUGAUGGCACUGGACACGGCAAUGAAAAGAAUGGAUUCUUUUAAUCAAGAGAAGGUGAAUCAAAUCCAAAGAACCGUCAUAGAGCCCCUGAAAAAAUUCAGCGGCGUCUUCCCCAGUCUAAAUAUGGCGGUAAAGCGGCGUGAGCAAGUCCUGCAAGAUUACAAACGGCUCCAAUCCAAGGUGGAGAAGUAUGAAGAGAAGGAGAAAACGGGCCCCAUCCUGACCAAGCUACACCAGGCUCGAGAAGAACUAAGGCCAGUGAAAGAUGACUUUGAAGGCAAGAACAAGCAGCUUCUGGAAGAGAUGCCCAAGUUUUACAGCAGCCGCAUCGAUUAUUUCAAGCCCAGUUUUGAAUCUCUGAUCCGAGCGCAGGUUGUAUAUUACACCGAGAUGUACAAGAUAUUUGGCGAAUUAACGGAACAGAUUGAUGAGCCUGACUUAACAGACGAGCAGAGGGAGAAGGAGAGCGAAGCCAAGCUGAACGAGUUGAGGGCACUCUCCAUUGUGGCUGAUGACUGACCUCCAGCUUUUACGAAUCCUUAACGUGACAGCUGAUGAUGAAGUGGAUAAAGACAGGAAGUUGAACAUUGCUUCCGAUUUCUGAAGGCUUGAACCCUUUAAAGCAGGGGUCUCCAACCUUGGCAACUUUAAGACUUGUGGAUUUCAAGUCUUCAAGCUUUGCUGGCUGAGGAACUCUGGGAGUUGAAGUCCACAAGUCUUAAAGUUGCCAAGGUUGGAGACCCCCGUUUUAAAACCUUGUUAGCACUGAUUUUAAUCUAGAAUGUUGCUAUUUGCUACAGCUCUUUAAAUCCUGAACGUCUUUUAUCUGUAUUAACAACAACAUGGUAAGAGUCCUGCAUUAAGAGAUUUGUGAAGUUUGAAAAAUCAGAGGAAUUUACACUUAAA